AUGACUUGCACGACAUAUUCAAGCAUGUGUGAACAGUGUAAGUCCCAUUAUACUAAGCUCCGAGAGCAGGGCCGACAAGCAGCAAGUCUUGAAUACAAAGCAGGGACCUACCCAAUGGUCUUCAAGUGCAAGACCCUAGUCAAGACUGUCACAGAGGUCCCCACUGUCGAAAACAUUGAAGUAGUCUUGAAGGAGGUGAAAAAGAGGCUUAAGAAGCACUACAAGAAGAAGAAAAAGGAAGAGUUUGGGGUGUACAUCGAUGGCUACCAUAAACUAAAGGGGAACCUCCUGACAAUUUAUACGAACGUCCUCAUUGACUUCCCUUGUAAGAUUGAUCAAGACGAUGAUGCGAGGAUCUGGGCACUGAGUUACUUUCCGGUUGAGGUCAAGUAUAAGCAGCCCCAGCACCUACAGAAUGGGAACUCCGCUGCGGAUACGGACUCCCGGGACUCGAAGACUGACCAGACAGUCCAUUUACUAUGGGCAGACUGGGAGGUAGUGUAUCCUAGGAACGAGCACCAUUUAUGUGAAACACGGCUUGAGUUUUUCAUGAAAGAGGAUGGCCCAAUGUCGUCUAUCAUUACUCGGGAAGAAUGA